AUCGUCGCUAAGUGACGCAAUUGCUUAAUCACGGUAAAUUCCGUAUACUGUGAAGCGUUCUUAGACGCUAGUAAGUCUUGAGCGUUCUUACUUUAUUCUGCAUGCCUUCCUGUCAUGUCGUCAGAAAGCCUUCGGUCGAUGUCGUUAAACCGAAACUACCUUCCUUUUCUGGCAAUCAACAAAUGCUACGAUAUUGCUUUAAAAUGCGUCUGCGAAUUUUUAAAAAAGUUCCUGACAUUAAUGCAGUGCGCGAACUCAGAUUAAGUUCCAACUCCCAGAGCGCUUUUGUGACUUGCUGGCUAGCGCAUGUUCUUCGAAGCGAGAAGAACAAAAACAGUCGCUCGUACGGGCGCUCCAAAUUUCAGCACGCUAGAUUCCCACGGUCAUGGACAGGACAAAACUUUUCAAGGAAAUUUGCGGACUCUUAGUGCUGCAACGCGGCGAAGAUUGCCGCAGCGAAAGUACGCUUACUGGCGCUCCUGUAAAGCGGUCGUCCCAGGCUUACAAAAUCCUGAGCAGCAUCACGACGAUGAAGGACUUCCUCUUGUCCCGCCGUCGCGAUUAUCUUCUCUGCGCGCUGUCGCCGGAGUCACGCUGCGUCACGGUGGACUGGGAGCGCAGGCGCACGGACCUAAUGGUGGAGCAGUUCGCUCGGAACGUGCGAGCAGCGAUUGACGCCUUGUCCUCCCAGCAAAGUGGUGACGGCCUGCGAAGUCUUCAGGUAUGCGAGCAUCGCAGUAGCAUACGAUCGCUGCUUCUGGAUUACCUGUCGGCGACGUGCCACAUCUACGCCGAGAUGAAGGCCGUUUACGUCAAGCGCGUGUGCGACCGGCAUCGGUGGAGCAGACUGAGCUCGCCGUACCGCCGCCUGGGUCAGAGCAACACCAGCGGCUCGUCGGGUUUUGUACCAGCGCCGUUGCUCAAGGGCCUGCGACAGCUGCACCGCUUGUCGAGCGUAGCCUCCAAGAUGGUGACCGUGGGCAGCUGGUUCCAGUCGUCGGAGGAGAGCGAGAGUCCACGAGAUUCGACGGCACAGCCGGAUUUGAGUUUAACGUACGAAGAGCGUUUGCAGUUCGAGGAGGAGAGCAAGAUCCUCAUCGACCGGCUAAACUGCCCGCGAGAAAUCGUGCGUCACAUCGAGUCGCAGGUGAUCGACAUUGCCUGCCUGCAGAGAGUUCUCACAGGCCACAUUCUGGAACAGGAAGAUAACGUCGAGAGGGUGGCUAUGGCAACCCAACUCGCCAGUGCGAAUGUGACAGCUGCCACGAGGGCGCUGGAAGACAGUGUUGUGCAUCGAACUUCUCUUGGCUGUUGUGCUGCGGUACUAAUAUUUUGGCUCUCACUGCUCUUGCUUUUCCUUCACUGGUUGACACCGUAAUCUGUUGCCUGCAAAAUCGAAGAUAGGGUGUGUCUGUAUCUUCCAGUGACAAAAUCGCUGAAACAAUGUGACAAUAGAAAUUUGCAAAAAUAUUUAGAAAUGAAAUGCAUUUUGUUUGCGUAGCACAAAGCAGAAAAACAAAUAGUGUCGUGACAAAACCGACAACUCUGCUUUUGUUCUAGGGCCUUUUAAUUUUCCCAGCAAACAUUGUAACGAACACAAUUGAAAGCCUGAGAUGGAGAAAAUUGGUCGCUGUGUUACAGGGUAGCUGGUUGGAAUGCAGGAAGAUAUUGUGUCUCUUAUGCAGGCGUCCGUGUUCAUUGUGGCAGCUUCAUCCGUGGUAUGAAUUAAACAUAGUUUGCAGAGCGGCUGUGAACUAUUGAGGGCAGCAGGUGUAUCAUGCUUUUAACUUGAAUAGGCACGAGAAGCACUGCUCAAAACUUUGCAGUGUAAUCUUCCCAGCUGGAAAAGUUCAUGUUGGCUGCAAAUUACAAAAUUCCGCCUCUGUGUUUUGGCAGUUUUAACCCCAUAACAAUACAAUCUAUUUGCUAGAGGCAUAUGUAGGCACACUUAUAAUAUGCACAAGCACAAGAAAUAUGACAGCUACGAUGUUAUUGUUUUCAUGCCUCUACUUUGAUUUCAACUGACAGAAUUGACUGCAGUUAUGUUUGGUGGAGAAGAAAAUGUGUGACUUAUAUUACAGCAGAAAAAGUGUUAAAGUGGUCCAGGCCACUUACUGUCAACACCAUGGUGUCCAGAGUGUUGCACGAAAAGGUUUACGGUUUCGUUUCAGGUUCAGACUUCUUCAUAGUUAUUGGUUUGGCUCAGUUUGGUUCAGGUUCAGCUCCUGAGGUUCAGACCAGCUCAUGACGGUACUAGGUUACGGUACAGGUGACGGUACAGCCUCACCUGCAGAUUAAUGUUUUGUCAUUGAAGAGUUGCAGAGAAAGAUAAAUGGGGUGGGAAAGGCAGAGAGGUUAAUGCAAAAAGAUUAUGGUUUGCUACCCUGCACUGGGGAAAGUGUAAGUGGAAAUGAAAAGUUUCACGUGUGCAAUGGCACCUACACAGUGACCCAAGUUGGCAUCAGAGAGGAUUGAAGAAUGGGACAUACACAGUGGCAUACACCUUGUGACCCAAGUUAAGGUGACCGAAGUUUAUUGAAGAGUGGCACCUCAAUUUGGCACGAAAGAGGUUACUUGAAGAGCGGUAAAUAUCCGAUGUCAGAUACCCAUCAACCCAACUGGGUCUGACGAUUGGUUUCGAACCUGGUUCCCUCAACACGGCAGCCCAGUGUUCUACCAAUUAGACCAUUGACUCACUAGACUGGGGCCCAAGUUAGCAGGAAAACAGUUAAGAGACGUAAAACAAUGGACAGACAGGCAAAUAGACACUGGAAAGUGCAUGAAGUAUCAGAAUGCUAAUUCAUUAAUACAAGUUGAUGUGCCAUACAACAGGCAUAGCAGGACUAGCAUAAUUCAAAGAACUUCGUGGCUUAAACUAGACGAGGACAAAGAACCACAACGACAGGACGGAAAAUGCGUGGGGAAUUUCUUUGAAUUAUGACCCCCCAACUAGCUCAAACCAAGAUCCUGCUCGGCCAGCAUGCAGUGUCGCGUAAAUAGGUCGUAAGGUACACGAACCCGCCACGGUGACCUAGUGGCUUUGGCAAUGGGCUGCUAAGCCCGAGGGCGCGGGAUGAAAUCCUAUUUGCGGCGGCGCCCUCACACUACAGUGCGCCUAAUAAUCAUAUUGUAGUUUUGGCACAUAAAAUCCCAGAAUUCUUUAUUACAUGAAACAUCAAGGUAUUUUGCAUAUUUUAUCCCAUCUUUUCAUAAUUUUACCCUUGCAUUUGCCCUUUCCUCCUUCACUUUCAUAUCCUCCUGGAUUAACCAUUCUGUUGUGCCAUAAAUGGAUUCUUACCCUUUUUAUCAGGGUAGCUUUGAUAUCGUUAUGUUUCCAGAGCUAAGCCAACUUCACGCAUUCUCUUGUGAUUACAAUGUCUGCAACCUUGCCUUUGCUUUUAAUGCAGUCAUUUGCAACAUUAGUUUUUCUUGUCACUGCACACAAUUACUAAUUUCAGCUAAUCCAACGUUUCAGCUGUCGAACGUCAUGUAGCGUUGCUGGCUGUCUUGUACGUUUGAUGGUUCAGUGUCGGUGGCACCUUAAAAUUCAUGUUGUGCAGCCACAAUGGCUGAAUUUGUUAUUCUGCAACAUGGCAUUACUUGGCAAUUUAGAUUGGACCACAUAUCAGCAUCUAUAGCAGAAGUGAUUUUCAUGCAGGAGGCUUGUCCAUUUCAUCAUAGCUCAGGCAGCUCAGAAAUGGGCACUGUUCGGCGAUGCUAAGUCAGCUUUGCAAGUGGUAGAAUGCUUUUUUGGAGAGAGAGAGAGAGAGCCUUGAUGCAUCCUGGUGCUAGAAACUCCAAAGCUUCAUAGCAGUACCCAGUGAAGUGGGCGCAACAUCACAUUUCAAUGGGUGCCUGGUUACUCUGGCAUAGUUAGCAAUGAGCUUGGUGACAGUGAGGCUAGAUCGUCCUACUCUCUUUCCAUAUACACCUGAAGAUUACGCAGAGCCAGGCAUUGUUGCUACUCAGAUUCAUCUUGGCAUUGCUUUCACCCUCUGCUAUGCACAUUUCAUCAGCUAGUCAAAUGACCCUGACUGAUAGCACUGUGAUAUACCUGAAAUGCUGGAAUGCACUUGUGGUUGCUUACUAUAUAUGCCAAAACGACAAAUGAUAGGUAGUUUCCUAGCCAGUGCCAGCAACCACUGGCAGCCAAGCAACCACAGAGGAUGUUGUUAUCAACCCACGGCUUGAGUAUGCAACUUUGAGGCAGACAGUAAAAGCAUUAGUGGAGUGCCUGCUUGCUACAUGACUAGCCGGGCAGCUUUAGUAGGGUCACUGGUGUAAUGUACAUACAUAUGCAUCCCCUGCUUCCCUUCUCACCAUCACUCUUUUCCAGUGAAGAGUAGCAAGCUAGAGGGCACCAGCUCAGGCCGACCUCUCUGUCUGUCCUGUAAAUAAUGUCUCUAUCUGUGCGACAAAAUGUAGUUUGCAUCGUUUUUAUUACACAUGCCAAUGUUUACAAGUCAUUAGCUGAAGUGGGCCUUUUGACCUGAUCACUAGCCAUCCACAGACAGUUUUUCUUUAUUAUUGGACAGAAGUAUGCACAGAAAAACAGACUUCAUGACACAGCUAUUACAAAUAAAUGCAUGUUUUAUUUAAUAUGUAAUAUGCUGGCCUUUAUUUUACACAUAUAGUGUAAUAUCCUGCCAACAGCUCAGAUCAUGUCUUUGUGUCUUCUUAUGUUAGUCGUAGUCCAAAAAAAAAAAGGUUGCAAGAAUUGUGACAUCCGGUUUAAUUAAAAGCUGUCAAAGUUGCA